GGCACCAUGACCCUGGGCAGCUGCUGUUGCGAGAUCAUGUCCUCCGAGAGCUCCCCGGCCGCGCUGUCCGAGCCCGACGCAGACAUAGACGUGGUGGGCGGCGGCAGCGUUGGGGGGGAGCUCACAGCCCGCUCCGGGCCCCGCGCCCCCCGGGACGUGCUCCCGCACGGCCACGAGCCUCCCCCGGAGGAAGCCGAGGCGGACGUAGCCGAGGACGAAGAGGAGUCGGGAGGUUGUUCGGACUGCGAGCCCCGCGCUCUAGCGCCCCGGGGGGCGGCGGCUGCAGCGGGAAGCCCGGGGCCCGGUGUGCAGGCAGCUCGGGGCGCAGCGGGGCCAGGGCCGGGACCCGGGCCGCCGUCGGGGGGCGCGGCAUCGCGGAGCCCGUUAGUGAAACCACCGUAUUCGUACAUCGCGCUCAUCACUAUGGCCAUCCUGCAGAGCCCCAAGAAACGCCUGACGCUGAGCGAGAUCUGCGAGUUCAUCAGCGGCCGCUUCCCCUACUAUCGGGAGAAGUUCCCUGCUUGGCAGAACAGCAUCCGCCACAACCUCUCCCUCAACGACUGCUUCGUUAAGAUCCCCCGCGAGCCAGGCAACCCGGGCAAGGGCAACUACUGGACUCUCGACCCGGAGUCGGCCGACAUGUUCGACAACGGCAGCUUCCUGAGGCGCCGCAAGCGCUUCAAGCGGCAGCCGCUGCCGCCGCCGCAUCCACACCCGCAUCCUCACACGGAGCUGCUACUGCGUGGCGGGGCUGCCGCGGCCGGGGACCCUGGCGCCUUCCUCCCGGGUUUCGCCGCUUAUGGCGCCUACGGCUAUGGCUACGGGCUGGCACUCCCAGCCUACGGCGCACCCCCACCGGGGCCGGCCCCACACCCGCAUCCACACCCGCACGCCUUCGCCUUUGCUGCCACCGCGCCUUGCCAGCUGUCAGUUCCCCCGGGCCGCGCCGCUGCUCCUCCACCCGGACCUCCGACGGCCUCGGUGUUCGCCGGCGCGGCCUCGGCGCCGGCCCCUGCUCCUGCCCCGGGAUCUGGCCCAGGCCAUGCAGGGCUGCCAGCCUUCCUAGGCGCAGAGCUGGGCUGCGCCAAGGCUUUCUACCCCGCGUCCCUGAGUCCUCCCGCAGCUGGUACAGCAGCCAGCCUGUCCACUGCACUCCUGCGCCAGGGCCUCAAGACAGACGCCAGCGGUGGUGCGGGUGGCGGGUGUGCAGGGGCAGGCCAGAGGCCUUCCUUCUCUAUAGACCACAUCAUGGGCCACGGUGGUGGCGGUGCCGCACCACCGGGCAGCGGUGACGGUUCCCCGGGAUCACCAUUCGCGGCAGCCGCGGGUCCUGGAAGUCAAGCCCAAGUCUUGGCCAUGCUGACUGCCCCGGCCCUGGCUCCGGUGGCGAGCCAUAUCCGCCUCUCUCACCCGGGGGACGCGCUCCUGUCUUCAGGGUCCUCGUUUGCCAGCAAAGUCGCCGGCCUCAGUGGCUGCCACUUUUGACCGCAGCGGGCUCGGGGUCAGUUAGGCCCUCACUCCUUAACCUCUCUGGGGAGCUCGGCGGGUCCCAGCGGAAUUCAGGGAGUCUAUUUAUGAAGAGUCUCCAGACCUAGGCCGGCGCGCGUGAUCGGGCACAUCAAGCUCCACGCUCAGAAUGUCACGGACAGUUGGGACGAAGCGGGCUCAUCGGCUCUGGGCGAGGUUCGGGUCUACGCAAUAGGCUGGAAGCGGAGAUCCCUUUUAUGUUGGAACAGCAAAAAAAGGGAGCAGGAACCUUCGCUUUUCCUCGCCUUUGCGUCUCUCACAGUCGGAGAAGAAGGCUUUGGCAGAGAUACGCCUUGUCGGGUGGUGGAUCCCUCCAGAAACACCUAUGGCUUGAAAAGUCCCCUGCCCCUCAUUCCUUCCUCAACUUUGAGACCCCGCUUAUCAUCCAAUAUUAUAAUUUAAAGACUUCUGUUAUCUGCUUGUGCUUAAGAGAAAAAUUCAAAUUUUUUUGUUCCUUUUGCUGUUAUUCAAGGAAGCGGGUUUUCUCCAAGCAUAAGGCAGUAUCUACACAGUUGGGAAGCUAAGAGGAAAAGUGAAACGGGGCGGGGGGGGGUGUCUCCACAAUCCUCGAGUAAGCCACAGAGUCCAUUCCCCUGCCCCCGAAGAAAAUGGGGUUUUUUUCCCCUCUGGUGUUUGGUUGCUUUUUAAGGAGCUCCCUCUGGCCUUUCCCAUGGUCCAUAGGUCCAGCAAUCCAGGGCUAGCAGCCCUCUUGGCCGUCUGCUCUGCCCCAGACCCUGUGAUAUUUAUUGUAGUUAAAGGCAAUGAAUUUGGGUGGAAGAAGAGGGUCUGGAGAGGUGGGAAUUGGGUGGGCAAGGGCACAGAGCUAUGGCAGGGGGUCCUAGAGUUAUGUGUAAAUAUCUGUCCAGUGGGCCACCCCCUGCAUUCUCUGUCCACUGGUGUGCAUUGAUUUAGACUCCACUUAGUGGAGAGACUCUGUGAAAUCGUCUGAUGGUCUGUGUGGAAGAAACGAAAACUG